AUGUUCUUCACCGUAUCUAUGAUAGCCAUUAUUUGGCUCAAUCUUCUACAUUGCAUCGCUUCUGAUAAAAAUGAAACUUUCCAUCUACUUAAUCUCGACACCGGUGAUGAAAUCUUCACAAAUAAUAGUUAUUCUAGCAUCUCAGACAAUUUCGAUACCCUUGAUUACAACAAUUUUGAGCCAUUGUUUGGUCCAGAAUUUUCGUUUGAUCCUUCGCAGUUCAUUGAUUUCGCUCAGUUGAGUGAAAUUGAGGAUAUAAGCAGUAAAGAAUCAAAACGCGAAGCUGAUCAGAUCACAGAUACUUCUUAUCCUGGCUUUUCACAUAGCUAUGAUUUCAUCGGCCACACUAAUUCGGAGUCAUCACUUGGCUCAGAUAUGGAUUCAUACAGGAAUGUGUGGAGAGAGGGUAAUGGAGAAAUAAAAACGAAUGAUGAUAAAGUGCGACAUCUUUCUAUUAGAGAUGCUGAAAGUAGAACUUCUUCGCCACCUAAUCUCAACAGCGAUGACAUUGUCACAUAUAUGCACUUUCCUCAUUCACAGCAAAAUGCUAUUCCGAUCUAUUUUGACCAACUUACUCUUUCCUCGGACGACACAUCCGGUCAACAUGGAGCUGCUGAACAGAGCAACAUCGAUAACCACAGGGGAAAUACUGGUGGAGAAUCAGAAACAGUUGCUGAAAGUGAUACUUCCUAUUUACCUAAAUCCAACACCAGCAACGUUAUCGCCUAUAUUCAUUAUCCUGGUUUACAAAAUCCCAUUCCGAUCUAUUUUUCCUCGGAUGACACAUCCAGCCAACAUGGAAAUGCUGAACAGAGCAACAUCGAUAACCACAGGGGAAAUACUGGUGGAGAAUCAGAAACAGAUAAGAGAAAUUAUAAUUGUCAUUAUCGCGGGUGUGCUAUGAUCACGAAAAAUUACAACGAAUAUCUAAUACAUAAGAAAACACACGGUCAACCAUUCAUCUAUGAAUGCAAAGUGCCCGGUUGUGGGCGGACAUACGAUAUUGUAGGAUCACUUUACUAUCACAAGCAAACUCAUGAACCUCAUCACUCGUGCGAGUGCUGUGGUAAACUCUUCGCUACCAGGAAGCGAUUAAAUUGUCAUAAGAAGUUCUGCCCAACAACACUUCGCAAAAGCUACGAAUGUCUUUAUGUCGGGUGUGCUGUGAUCGCGAAAACUUAUAACGAAUAUUUAGCACAUAAAAAAACACACGAUCAACCCUUCAUUUAUGAAUGCAAAGUGCCCGGUUGUGGGCGGACAUUCAACCAUGAUUCAUCAUUACGACGUCACAAGAAAACGCAUCAACCUCGUCUUCAAUGCGAGUACUGUGGCAAAUCCUUUUCCUAUGUGACUACAUUGAAAUCUCACAAGAAGUUGUGCUCCAAAGCUCCUCGUUAG